AUGGGAUGUCACUCGGCGAUGUGGUUGACUACAUGCAAUUCCGCCGCCACCACCAACAAUGACAGACACGGCGUUACCAAUCUACGAACAAUUCGCCUCGAGGCGUUUACUGAAUUGUGGGGCGGAAGUUGGUACUCUUCCUGGGGAAAUGAUCUCGGGAAAUUCUCAACAAUUAUUUUCUCCGAGGGACCCAGAUGUCGGUGGAAGGGCUGGGCGCAGUGGCAUCCGGGGUUGUAUAUGUCCGGCAAAAAAGGCUUUUCAGACAUUAAUAUUGUUGUUGCUUUUUCGCUUUCGCCACAGGCUGCUAGGUACUGGAUCAGGAUGAGUUGUAUCGCCCUCGGGGAUUUGUCCCCUGCACCGAUGCUCGCUUUGGGUGCCUGGCGAAAAAGAAAGAAUUCUGCGUGCUCCCUCGGCCUCGGAUAG